GUCCACCUCUCCAUGGUCCUUGCCGACGUCGAAAUGUCGAGGAUGACGGUGAACGAGUGGCAGUCGGUCACGGCGCCAAAGAUCGCCGGGACAUGGAACCUGCAUCGAGACCUGUGCAACGGAGGCGACGGCGGGGAAGACUUCUUCGUCUUGGUCGGGAGCAUGUUCGGCGUGACCGGGCGGGCUGGCCAGGCCAACUAUGCGGUGGCUAACGCGUUCCUCGACAGCUUCGUCCGGUUCCGACGCGGGCUCGGGCAGUCUAGAGCAACUUCGUGUGCCGCGUGAGGGACCGGCCAUCCGACUCCGUCAGCGGGCUGUUCCUCGCCCGCAAGAUUGCCCGGCAUGUGCUGACCUCGUUAAUAAUGGCAGACGAAGACGGGAGCAAAGGCCGACACCUCCACCUCGGCGCCGCCAGCUUCCUUCGGCAUGGAUUCGCUCAUGACGAUUGAGAUUCGCAAUCGGUAGUGCGGCGUCUUCAGCGUCGACGUCACAUUGAUGCAGUUGACGAUUGCGCCGAGCUUCGGGCACCUAGGGGAGGCGGCGGCCCGCCAGAUGAAGGAAUAGUUUUGCGAUAGAGGCGAUAGAGUCUCGCGAACCACGGCUAGUCAUGGAUAAUUAACAUUGGCACGGUCGUGUGGACUGUAUAGACCUUUUUCUGUGCUCGGAGAACGCCAGUGACUAAGAGGCCUGCCUCGGGGAUAUUAACAGGGUUGGGAGCCUUCACUAAACAGUAUGUACAAAUUGAUCCUGACCCCGGAAGACAAUCGCUUCUGGCAUAAUGGUGAUGGCCUCGGACUUGACGUCAAGAUCGCGUCCGGCGCGUUUGGGGGUUUGUUAAUAUGAGACUUGGCCGUUCCAUCACGGCAACACGACCUGUAGAAGCUGCUGUCUUAAGCAUCAACAUACCAUCAUGUUCCCUUUUGGUCAAUAGCCGAGGCAAGUGUCUAACACUGUGGUGAAAUGUCACACCUAGAGAUGCAUAGUAGCAAUCAAAGCAACAGCUUGAAACAGUUCACAACCACAAGGGUUGCUGUAUUCAGCCGGUGUGAUCUUGGGGGGUAGCCUUUUGCUCCUUGGCCACGAACAAAGUCCUUUCGGCCCCCUCGCAAAUUCGAAAUAACAGUCUCCGAUUGCAAACUAACGACACUGCCAGAACGGGAGGCCUCACCAGAGGGUAUCUGUCGUUCCGCGUAAAGGGAGCAUAGAUCCAGACGGCUGGCCAGCACACCCACGGCAUAUAGUGAGAAGGACCCCCCCAGCCUGCGUCCUGUUCGGCUCUUUUCGCCGUUGGGCGUCUUACUUCGACCUCGCUGAUUGAGGGAAAUUUCGAGCGGCGCGGUUGCGAAGUUUACUUUCGCGCCCCCCUCCCCCCCUCCCCCCCCCUU